UAUAUAUUUAGCAACCAUUGACAAUGUCAACUUCCGACAAACAAGACACUCUCGUAUCAUAAAUACCCAAUUUCAGUUGAAUGAAGAGACCCAUCCAAGUCGAUCGAGACUGCGUCUUAACAGACAGGGGCGGCAUCAUCGAAAACAGCCAUGGCGUCCAUGUCGCCAUCACAGACUCCAACGGCAAGCUUCUCUUUUCAGUCGGCAACCCAUCGAGAGUAACCCUCGCUCGAUCGGCUGCAAAACCUGCCCAGGCGCUUGCCGUCCUCGAGACAGGUGGUUUUGAGCAGUCAGGCUUCGACGAUGCCGACUUGGCCCUCAUGUGCGCAUCGCAUAGCAGCGAAGAGAGGCAUAUCACACGCGCUAGGAAGAUGCUAGCUAAGGCUCAAGCAGAGGAGAGCCAUCUCCGCUGCGGUGGCCACGCUGCAGGAUCCGACGAAGUCAACCGAGCAUGGAUCAAGGCGGACUACACGCCAACCGGAAUAUGCAACAAUUGUUCGGGAAAACACGCUGCGAUGUUGGCUGGCGCUCGAGCGUUAGGAGCAGAUCUAACGGAUUAUCAUCUACCUGAUCAUCCGAUGCAAAAGAAAGUAAAGCAAGUCGUGGAGAGCCUCUGUCCUAAUCCUGACUCUAUCCAAUGGGGCAUUGAUGGGUGCAACCUUCCAGCGCCGGCAUUUCCUCUCCACUACUUGGCACGGAUAUUCGCCAUCUUUGCUGAUGCGGCAGAUCUUUUGGACAAAGAGGGCCCAGGAGUAUCUACGCGGACUCGGAACUCGGCACGUAUCUUCCAUGCAAUGACCAGCCAUCCAGAACUUGUUGGCGGGACCGGACGAUUCUGUACUGCGCUCAUGGAGAAAAACCGAGGGCAGAUGAUUGGAAAGAUCGGUGCAGAUGCAUGCUACGGUGUGGGAAUCCGAGAAUCCGAGCAGACAAGACGCCUUGGGGCUGACGGCGCAAUCGGAAUUGCGGUCAAGAUCGAAGACGGCAGUCUGGACAUUCUAUAUGCCGUGGUCGUGGAGGUGCUAGAGCAGUUGCAAAUCGGGACGGUUGAAGUUGGAAGCGAAUUGGAAAGGUUCCACCACCUGCAGCUGAAGAACACUAUGGGAGUUGUUACUGGUCGUGCAUCGUUCAGUUUCAAGGUUCAAUCUGUUUGAAAAGGAUAGCUAGUACAAGUCAAUCAGGUUCUAUGUUCAUACGGCGGAAGGAGUCAACAUAUAGAAAAUCUAAACAUGACCACCCUUCGGCGUUUUACAC